AUGAGAUGUGACGAGAUUGUCAUAUAUAAAUCUCACCAUUUUCAGAUAAAUCACACGCAAACUGAACUUGAUUUUGAUCCAAGUAAGCCUCCACCGCAGCCCCCGCCGUAUGUAAAAGCGAAAAGAUUUGUGCUGUACCCAGAAAAAGAUACAUUUGACUUCGUGAAGGAGAGACAAAUACGAAGACCUACUAAUACUAUAGAAUCAACGGGGCAUCUUAUAAAAGGUUGUCUCGGCGGAGGCAUUCUAGGUAUUCAUGAGGCCUACAUGAAAUCUGGGCUAUGGACGUCUUUAUUUAUAACAGUGAUUUUCGGGUUUUAUAUAGCGUACUGCAUGCAUAUACUAGUAAAGUCCGCUCAAACAUUAUAUAAGAGGCUGCAUCUCACUGAGAUGUCAUACCCAGACUUAGCUGAAGCAUCGUUGGAAGUAGGUCCAUUUCCAAAAUUAAGAAAAUACAGCAAAUUCUUUAGAUAUGCAGUCGACACAGUAAUUUGUAUAGACUUGUUUGGGGCUUGUUGCGUUUACCAAAUAAUAAUCGCGAAGACAAUCAAAGAAGUCGUAGAAGCCAGUACAGAAGAGCAGUCAUAUGAUUUAAACCGUCUGAGACUGUAUAUUUUCGCUCUACUAAUACCUGUAUUAUUGCUUUGUAUGAUAACCACACUGAAAUAUUUAGCACCAUUCACGUUAAUCGCUGAUGUUUUUAUUGUUGCGUGUGUUGUUGCAACGAUAUACUAUGGGUAUAAGUCUGCUCCGCCGUUGGCAUCAGUACCCGCUUGGAAGGAUGGAAUUGGUUUCUUUGAAUUCUGCGGCAUAGUGGUCUUCAGUAUGGAGGGCAUCGGAGUUUCUUUGCCAAUAGAGAAUAAUAUGAAAGAACCUGAGAAAUUUCCAAAGAUACUUGCUGCAGGUAUGUGCGUGGUUGUGUUAUUCUUAAUGCUAGUCGGAUUCUUUGGAUAUUGGGGCUUCGGAGAGAAUUCCAUAUCACCGGUUACAUUGAAUUUUCCCACCGAAAUCUUUCCAACCGUCUUAAAAUGUUUGAUGGGUGUGAUGAUUUUCAUCACUUUCGCUCUCAACUUCUGGGCUCCCUUCAAUCUUGUGUGGCACUACGUAUCAAAGAAACACAAUCCAAAGAAAUACUGGCUCUGGGAACGCGUAUAUAGAUCUAUAUUUGUAAUAAUGAUCACAGCCAUUGCAAUCGCCUUCCCUAAUAUCGGUAACCUGAUGGGUCUGUUGGGUGCGUUUUGCCUUUCAAACAUGGGUUUCAUAUUCCCGGCUUUCAUAGAACUAUUGGUGAUUUGGGAGAGCCCUGGCCUCGGUAGAUUAAACUGGAGAUUGUGGAAAAACAUCUUCGUUAUACUGAUAGGUGUAUUAUUAUUUGUAGCUGGUACAUAUUCUAAUGUUAAGGGCCUCAUAAAUAGUUUAUAA